CUGAAGUCUACAUCACAAAUUCGACAUUCAAAGCAAUAGAUUAGAAAGAUGAGUGACGAACAGGCGGAUCAAACAGUCGAAAAGACUAAACCUGGUGCUGAAAAAUGGCUGGAUGCAUAUCAUGACCCGGUGGCCUCCUUGUAUACCCUGACACAGUGUGUGGCCCUGUCAGACAUACAGGCAGAUGGUGACUGGAAACUGGUGAUAGCUGAUCUUGGCACAGGGUCAUAUAACAUGAAACUCAAAGUUUACAAAGGAACAAACUUGAUGAGUGAAAAUGCCAUUAUUGAUCUACCUACUGGGGUUGUGACAUUCUAUAUGGAUAUCCUGGAGCCAAGGAUGCCAGCUAUAGCUGUUGCAUCUGGCCCGUAUAUAUACAUCUACAAAAAUUUGAGACCAUACUUCAAAUUCACAUUGCCCACAUUGGAUGUGAAUACAGUGGAGCUAGACCUCUGGACACAAGUUAAGGAGGAAAAAAUUAAUGUAUUUGUUCUGAGAGAAAUGCUUGAGGGUAUGAGAGCUGAGGGUACAGUGUUGACAGUGCGGUCACUACGGUUCCUGCAGAUGACCGACAUUGGGGACAUGGAAGCAUUUGCUAAUCUCUACAAACACAUGCCACUGAAGAGGCAGACUGUGAUCAGCUGUUUGAGCACAAUGAAGAAGUCAAUGGCAGAUGAGGAUGCUAUUUGCUGUUUGGUACUGGGCACAGAAAACAAGGCUGUUUAUGUUCUGGAUCCAGAAGCCUUCACUGUUCUCACCACAAUUGAGUUGCCAAGUGUACCUGUGUUCCUGAGUGUUACUGGUCUGUAUGAUGUUGAGUAUCGGAUUGUAGUGGCAUGUCGUAAUGGCUGUAUCUACACACUUAAAAGGGGAACAACAGAUGUUGCCAAGAACUGUAUAGAAUUGAACUCUCAACCAGUUGGCCUGGAACGUAUUAACAAGACUAUUUAUGUCGGAACUAUGGAUGAAAUGCUCCACUGCUACACCUCAAAGGGUAAAAAGCUGUGGACAGUCAAGAUGCCAGCUGCAAUAACAACAAUGGAAACCAUGGAUUACAAAUCUCGUGGGUUUAAAGCAGUUAUUGUGGCUCUUAAUAACUGUAAAGUACACAUCUACAAGGAGAAGUACCUAGUAAACGUUAUCAGCACUGAUGAUGUCGUCACAGGACUGAAAUUUGGCCGCUUUGGUCGGGAGGAUGGCACAUUGGUUAUGACCACAAGAGGUGGAGGACUUGUGCUGAAGAUCCUGCGCAGAAAUGCCACCUUUGAGGAAAAAGAUAUAUCAGCUGGUCCCCCUGUAGCCCAAAAUACAAGACUUAACGUGCCAAAGAAAACAAAGCUAUUUGUGGAUCAGACAAUGAGGGAGCGUGAUAAUGCUGUCACAAUGCACAGAACAUUCCAGAGAGACCUGUAUCUGCUUCGGUUAAAUACUGCACGAGAGUAUGUCAAGUCUCUAGAGAACAGCAUGAAUCCAGUGUCAGCAGAUCCCACAGAACCACUGAAACUGAACGCCCAGGUUCAAGGGAUCGGUCCUACAUUUAAAUUGACUGUAAAUUUACAAAAUACAUCCUUAAGUCAUCCGUCCACCAACCUGCUCAUAACCUUUCAGUAUGAUGACAGGCUUUACACACUGAAGAAGUCUCUCAUACAGGUACCCAUGCUUGUCCCUGGCCUUAACUAUGCCUUUGAGACAUUUGUAGAAUGUUUGAAUGACAAAGGAGUAUCAGACAAUGUCAAGGUAUUUGUAUUAAAAGAAGGCAAGAGUAUACCUAUAAUUACAGGUGUGAUCAGCAUGCCUGUCAGCGAGUCUUUGGUGGUGGCUUAGUACCUCUACCAACAAAUGUGCACCUGGAAAUUAUACACACACUCAAACAAAUGUACACCUGGAAAUUAUACAAACACUCAAACAGAUGUACACCUGGAAAUUAUACACACACUGAAACAAAUGUACACCUGGAAAUUAUACAAACACUCAAACAAAUGUACACCUGGAAAUUAUACAAACACUCAAACAAAUGUACACCUGGAAAUUAUACACACACUGAAACAAAUGUACACCUGGAAAUUAUACACACACUGAAACAAGUGUACACCUGGAAAUUAUACACACACUGAAACAAGUGUACACCUGGAAAUUAUACACACUCUGAAACAAAUGUACACCUGGAAAUUAUACACACACUGAAACAAGUGUACACCUGGAAACAAAUGUACACCUGGAAAUUAUACAAACACUCAAACAAAUGUACACCUGGAAAUACUAUACAGUCACAAGAUCUGUUAAUAGUAUAAGUCGUGCUACUCUCAACUGGACAACAGAAAACAAAUGCAUGAGUUAAAAGGACAUUUGCUAUCCCAAGAGUUCAACAUUUCCUUCCUUUAUGCAGCCAAUGAGAACAAUUCCCAUGCUUGAGUAAUUUGUUAACACCAGGUAUCUGUUUGAAAUGGCAGUACUCUAAUGCUGUCUCGCAUCUUAUGUAGACAGACUGAAGCCUAUCUGCUCUUUCUGUGAUUUGCUUUCCAUUGGUAUUCUUCCAGACACUCAUCCUCUAUAGAAGUCAAACUUCAAAGAUUACACAGAUAUCCACCGGGAAAAUUUACAUGGUUGUAAACAUGUCUGGUUGUAUUUAUUUCUACCAAGGACAGUUCUCUCUGAAGCUGCUGUUGAGAACAUUUUGGUAUAAUCGUCCAAUUCUCAGUUAUUGUAAGUGUCUUUUUUAGUAUUUAAAUGUCUUGUAAAUUGAUGUUAAUGGUUAAGUGAUGUUAUAUACUGUAUCCUGAUGGGUAUGUUUAAUAUGACUGACAUGUCUUGUUUAGUUUUUCUUUUAAUUUUGUAUGUAUGAAUGUACUUUUGCCUCAAAGUUAGCCGUCCAUUUUACUCUUGAUAAAGGUAGAUGUUUACAAAUCAUCAGUCUUCUGUAAGUUAACCAUCCACAUGAAUACAUUGGAGAGAUUUUUGGUUUGAUCCUUUAUUCACUAUCAUAACUAUAACAGAAAUAUUAUGUCAAAAUACAUGUUGUAUUAUAGAGAAGAUUAUAAGAUAAUUUCCCACAAAUUAUACACACAUCUGCCUGUUUAAGUUCUGUGAUCAUUCAUCACACCUCAUACAAAUCUCCGAUGUUUAUUUAUAAUUGUCUGUGAUACAUUGAUAUAUUUACAACUUUGUAAUAAAGUUGAAAUUUGUAAAA